AUGGUCGCCACAAGGCAUUGCUGCUGGGGAACAUGUAAAAGUGAUUCCAGAUACCCCGAAAGACUGCCAGAUUCUCUCAAGGAAAUGCUCAAAAAUGGACAAAAAGCAUUCAUACCCUUUCCAAAGCCGAAGCACGGCUUAGAGCGUUGUCAGCGAUGGAUUAAUGCUUGCUCUAGGGAACAUUUUACAGUGAAAAAUAUCAAUUAUAAUACCUAUAUUUGUGCUUUACACUGGCCAGGUGGAAAAGGGCCAACUGAUGAAUUUCCAGAUCCUUUCAAAGCAAACUUAACGAGCCAGGAGAUGGAUCGAUCACGAGGCAAGAGGAAGGCGCCAUUGCGAAGAUCAGUUAAACCAGUUAACAAGAGGUCAAGGAAAUGCAUUGAUUCAGACCGUUUAGAGAUCACCGAGUCAUCGUAUGAAGAUGAUUCCGUUAAUGUUACUUUUGAGGAAGACAAAAGUUUAGACAAAAGUACUCAAACUACGUAUACAGAAACAGAACUGAAAAGCAAGAUCGAAGCAAUGGUUACAGCGAACGAGUUAAAGACCAAGGUCGAAAACACUGUUAUUUACCAAGUAACUGCGGUCAGUAACAUUUCAUAUGACAUUGUAAUAAAGAAUUCUGAAACAAUGAAACAUUUCACUGGACUUUCUAGUCGCCAAUUCAAUAUUUUAUUUGAUUUUCUGAAUGAUGUUUGUCCUUUAGACAAGCUUACUUAUUGGAGCUACUGUGACCAAAAAAAAUCGGUAAACAAACUUACUCAAACUUUGCCAAGUAAGUGGUCUACGAAAGAAAGACUUUUCAUCUGUUUACUACGUCUCAGAAGAGGUUUUACUAUCAAAACAAUGUCCAUUCUACUGAGCACUCCUGACAAGCAAAUAAAGGAAACCUCAAUAAGAGAUGUAUUCACAACAUAUAUGCAGCUUAUGUACAGAGUCUUUCGUGACAUGAGUAAAGUCAUGUUUCCCUCUAAGGAAAUACUUCAGAAAUGUCUUCCACCAGUCUUCAAGACAAUCAAAAGAAUUAGAUGCAGUGUAGACUGUACUGAGUUUAGAGUAGAGACAGCAAGAAACUUUGCAAGGCAAGGGAACACUUAUUCUUCUUACAAGCAUGCCAACACUUUUAAAUGUUUGAUAGCAGUUACCCCUAAUGGAGGAUCUUGUUUUGUAUCAGAUCUCUAUGAAGGAGAUAUUUCAGAUGUGCAAAUAUUCGAACAAAGUGGAAUUCUGAAGCAUAUUGAGCCACAAGACGUGAUUCUUGUUGACAGAGGGUUUACUGUACAGGACUUGGUGAACCCCUUACAAGCACACAUCAACAUACCUGCAUUUUUAAAGGGUAGAGCCAAUCUAAGUGCAGCUGAGGAAUUAUCUACUCGUAAGAUUGCAAAGGCAAGAGUGCAUGUAGAACGGUUUAAUCAGAGACUCAAGCAGUUCAAAAUGGUUGGGAGAACAAUACCUCUUUCCCUUGCUCCACUAGCAACACAAAUGGUUGUCGUAGCCUGUGGAUUGGUAAAUUUUCAGGAAGUUCUUUGUAGGUAG